AUGGUCGGAGUUAUCUCGGCCGCCGGUCUGGUUGGCUUCCUCUCCGAGCCAGACCACGAGCUCAAGGUGUAUGCCUUGAAGUCAUUAGAUUCACAGAUCGACCUGCUUUGGACCGAGGUUGUGAACGCAGUUCCUGAGAUUGAGGCCCUAUACGAAGAUGAAUCAUUCCCAGAACGCGAACUGGCCGCUCUGGUUGCCUCGAAGGUGUACUACCAUCUCCAGGAAUAUAAUGAGAGUAUGGUUCUUGCUCUGGGUGCAGGCAAGCUGUUCAAGCUUGACAAUGGUGGCGAAUAUGAGGAGACAAUCAUCGCAAAAUGCGUCGAUACCUUCAUCUCUUUAUCUGCCGCCCAGAACCCGACCUCCGGUGAUCACUCCGCCCACCUGAACCAGUCCUUCCCUGCAUCUGGCGAAGGUGCCACAAGCACAUCAGCAAGCCUGACCUCUCCGAUCACACCAUUCUCCAAGUCUGCUUUGCCUUCGAAGUCCUUGCUAUCACGCCAAGAGGUCCCUGGCAUCGACGCCGCUCACCCUGGAGGCGAUGACAUCAGCAUUCAACACGAGGACAGCCCACUUAUUUUGAAGCGUGGUGUUCAGGGUCAACUACAGGCUAUUAUUGAGCGAUUGUUCGAAGAGUGCUUCCGCCAGAAGCGCUACCGCCAGGUCAUUGGAGUCGCCAUCGAGGCCAAGAGCUUGGAUGUUCUCCGUAUGGCUAUCAUCCGUGCUAGCGAAGAUGAGAAGAAGCAGCAGGGUGAAUCUCGUCAGAGUGAGGAGCUCAUGGAAUACGUGCUGGAUAUUUGCAUGGGAAUUGUCCAAGAGCGGGCGUUCCGAAGCGAGAUUCUGAAACUUAUUCUCGAGCUUCUGAACGAGAUCCCUGCACCUGAUUAUUUCUCCAUCGCGAAAUGUGUUGUUUACCUUAAUGAACACUCGAUGGCAUCCGUUAUUCUUCGCCAACUCGUCGAGAAGGGCGACCCACGGUCUUUGGCUGUCGCCUACCAGAUUUCUUUUGACCUUUAUGACAACAGUACCCAGGAGUUCCUCCAGAAAGUUCGCCAAGAGAUCGCCGAGCUUGUACCAGAAAACGAGGCCGACAAGGAGAACACACAUGCAGAGGCUAACGAGUCGGACCCGCUGCUCGAGAACCAGUCUAUCUCCAUCUCCCGGCAAUCGGGCGAAGAUGAUGAGCAACGCACUGCAUUUAAAAACAUCCUUGCCAUUCUGGAUGGUAUCAAGACCAUUCAGUUGAACUUGGAAUUCCUCUACCGGAACAACAAAGCAGAUAUCGCUAUUUUGAAUAAGGUCCGCGAUAGCCUUGAGGCUCGGAAUUCUAUCUUCCACACUGCCGUUACACUCUCAAAUGCUUUCAUGCACGCCGGAACUACUCACGACAAGUUCUUCCGUGAUAACCUGGAUUGGCUGGGCAAGGCUGUUAACUGGUCCAAGUUCACCGCCACUGCUGCUCUAGGUGUUAUCCACCGUGGCAACUUGAGUCAGGGUCAAAAGCUUUUGCAGCCUUACCUGCCCCGCGAGCAUAUUGCUGGCGUCGGUGGAUCGGGCUCCGUAUACAGCCAGGGUGGUUCUCUUUACGCUUUUGGCCUAAUCUACGCCAAUCACGGUGGUAUGGCUGUGGAUCUCAUCCGUGACCACUUCAAGAAGGCUACCGAGGAGGUUGUUCAGCAUGGCGGUGCCCUUGGUUUGGGUGUGGCAGGUAUGGCUACUGGUGACGAGGGUAUCUACGAAGACCUCCGAAAUGUUCUCUACACUGAUUCUGCUCUUAACGGUGAGGCAGUUGGUCUUGCCAUGGGUCUCGUCAUGCUGGGCACUGGCAACAUGAAGGCGUUGGAGGAUAUGAUUCAAUACGCCCACGACACUCAGCACGAGAAGAUUGUUCGCGGCCUGGCUAUGGGUAUGGCUUUGAUCAUGUACGGUCGCCAGGAAGGUGCUGAUGAGCUGAUCAACGGUCUUCUUGGGGAUCCUGACCCAACUCUCCGCUACGGUGGUAUCAUGACCAUCGCUCUGGCCUACUGUGGCAGCGGCAGCAACAAGGCUGUCCGCAAGCUGCUCCACGUUGCCGUCAGCGAUGUCAACGAUGAUGUUCGCCGAGUGGCAGUUAUGAGCUUGGGUUUCAUUUUGUUCCGCAAGCACCAGAGUGUUCCCCGUAUGGUUGAGCUGCUCUCCGAAUCUUACAACCCUCACGUCCGUUACGGUGCCGCCAUGGCUCUUGGUAUCUCUUGUGCGGGAACUGGAUUGGAUGAGGCUAUUGAUCUUCUGGAGCCUAUGCUCAAAGACUCAACAGACUUUGUCCGCCAGGGUGCUUUGAUCUCCCUUGCCAUGGUUCUUGUCCAGCAGAACGAGGCGAUGAACCCUCGCGUUACCAGCCUGCGGAAGUCCAUGAUGAAGAUGUUGGGUGACCGUCAUGAGGAUGCGAUGGCUAAGUUUGGAUGUGCGGUGGCCCUCGGCAUCAUUGAUGCCGGUGGUCGCAACUGCACUAUCAGCCUGCAGACUCAGACCGGCAAUUUGAACAUGCCUGGUAUCGUCGGUGCUGCUGUUUUUGUUCAGUACUGGUACUGGUUCCCUCUUACUCACUUCCUGUCCCUCAGUUUCACCCCAACCUCUGUGAUCGGUGUCGACCAAAAGCUGGAAGUACCAAACUUCAAGUUCCACAGCAAUACUCGCCCCAGCCUGUUCGACUACCCCCCAGAGCAGCAGGUGAAGCAUGAAGAGGCUCCGAAGAUGGUCAAGACAGCCGUUCUUUCCACAACUGCCCACGCCAAGCGCCGUGCCCAGCGUCGGGAGAAAGAAGCCCGCCGUGAGAGCAUGGACAUCGAUCAGACACCCACCACACCUAAGGUAUCAGACCAGCUGCCUGAGAAGAUGGAUACUGAUGAGAGUGUCCCCAAGGAGGGAGAAGAGGGUAAAGACGGAGAGAAGACCACUGGAGAGGGCCAGAAGAAGAAGGCGGAGCGGGAGAAGGUUGGAUACGAGUUAGACAAUAUGUCAAGGGCAUUGCCUGCACAGCUUAAAUACCUUACUUUCCCCGACCCGCGGUAUGAGCCAGUCAAGCGGCCUACCGGUGGUGUUGUUGUUGUCCUCGACAAGCAGCCAGAAGAGCCCCGCGAUAUUAUUGAGCUGAAGGCCAGCAAGGAGCAAAGGCAACCAGCCCCCCCUGCCGAGACUCUACAGGAUCGCCUUCAGGUCGCCAUGGACAAUGCUUCUCUGCAGACCCCUCAACGGGCUGGCAUGUCGGAUAAUGCUGCUGGCGCUGCGGCGGCCGCAGGUGUCCUGACCGCUAUUGAUGAGGAUGAAGAGGGUGCGGAGGAUGCGCCUCUUCCAAAUGAUUUCACAUACGAGUCAGAUGGGGGAGAUGAGUAG